AUGGCGAGCAAGAGCAACUACAGCCUGUGGAUCGGGAACAUCCCGUUCGACGUGACGGAGAGGGAGCUGCACGAAAUUCUGUCCAAGGUGGGGCAGGUGGUAAGCGUGCGCAUCAAAUACGACGUAGAUAAGAACAUCAGCAAGGGCUUCGCCUUCUGCGAGUAUAAAGAUUUGGAGACCUGCAUGUUGGCCUUGAAGUACAUCAAUGGGUAUGAGCUGAAGGGGCGGAAGCUGCGCCUGUACUGGGCCAACGAGGAGUUUCGGGAGAAGCUGGCCAGCGGCGCCAUCUCUGGGGUCAGCGGGAUUAGCGGCUUUGGCGGGAUGGGCGUGCCGCCCAGGGGAAAGCGCGGCGGCAAGUUCGACGGCAAAUUCGACGGCAAGUUCGACGGCAAGUUCGACGGCAAGUUCGACGCGCCCAUGGACGCAAGCAGCCACUACAGCAGGAAGGGGAAGGGGCAGAUGGCCCACCCGACGAGCACACAAAGAAACGUAAAGGAGGAGCAGUACCCAUCGAAGCAUACAGAAACAACUACCCACAGCGAAAGCAACAUGCAGAAGGUGCUCAUAUCGAACGUCAUCCACACGUUGACGACGUCUCAAAUCAUUUGCGUCUUAAGCUUCUUUCAAAAGCACGCCGUGGAAAACGCAGGAGUAAUUAAAUUUUAUUUGCAAAGACAUAGGAACGUGGCGUAUGCACUGCUCCACUGUCUGUUCCUCCUGGAUAUGGUAAGCGAUUAUGCAAUAGCAAAGAAUGGCCUCCAGCUAGCCAUCAGUGACGAGGCGGUGAUGAACAAGGCGGAGCGAAUGGCCCAAAUGAGGAGAAGCGGCGGGAAAGUAAAAAUGGCCCUCACCGGGGUAACUGAUGGUGAGGACAGAGGGGGGAAUAAACACACAGAGGAGGAGUCCAUCCACCUGCAAAGUUACAAUCCGCAGAGCACAUCUCAUUUGAAAGUGAACAGAAGGGGGAGACUCCUUGGAGAGAAUGCCACCUACGAUCUAAGUGAAGAUACCCCCCUGGGGGGAAGUACCUUUGGGGGGCCUCCUUCAAAAGUAAUUAACCUAAACGGCCUAUCACCCGUGGGAGGGUCCGCAGGGGGAAAGACCAAACGGGGAGGGGCCACCAGCCCAGGGCUGUAUGCCAGCUCGAAGAAGGAGCUCUCCAAAUUGGCCAACGGGAAAGGAGGCCUAUCAAAUGGGGAAGAGACGGAGGAGUGUGCCGGGAGGAGGGAGCUCAUGCACGCAGGGCGCACCGAUCUGCAUGCAGGGAAUGCGCUUUACCCCCAGGGGAACAGUCACACUAGCUCCAAUUUGAAGGCAAGGAGGAGGACAACGAUGAAGGAGCUUUACGGGAGCGCCGCUGCAAGUGGCACGUCCCUAACGCAUAGGAGUAACGUUGAGCUUCUUCCAGAUGGGAGGUACAACGACCCCAACGUUGCUCCCCAUGGAGGAGGCAUCCAGCUGAAUGGUAAUGGUGGGCCAAAUUUCCAUUUAAAUUAUUUUUCGGAUUAUGCGAAUGGUGACAGUUCGAUGGGGACCCACCAUGCGGUUCGUGUUGGAGGAGGGGAAGUGAAUCUCUUGGCUGGCCAUACCGAUCGGAGGUACCACGUGCCCCUUGGGGGGGGCAGCGAUGUGGGUGAUGAGGAGGGGGGAUCCACCGGAUUGACGAAGCGUAUGGGGGAGAGGAGCGACCAGGAUAUGCACAGUGACCUUCAGGAUGUGGUGCUGAGCAACGCCAAUCGGGUAGCAGGGCUGGAGGAGCACCCCCCGGAAGGCGCCCACCCGCUGGACAACGGCUACAGCGAUCGCGAUAGGGACAGCGGGAAUAGUAGCGGCCACGUUUUGCCCGAAAAAAGAACAAAGCAAAGCCGCCCAGGCGUCUACGGUAGUGGUGGUAGCUACGUGGGCAGAGGCACUGCAGGGGGAGAUGUCCCCCCAGCGGCGGCGGUGCAGGGCCCGCCCAACGAGGGAGUGCUCACGGACCCCACCUACGCUAAUGUGGAGCUUCCAGACGACGAACUGGUCAACGAGGUGGUGAAGAACAGCGAUAUCCUUAACAACAUUUUGAAGUCGCGCGUGGAGGACAUGAAGAGCUGGAGCACCGAGCAGCGUGUGCAGGUCCUGUCCAUCCAGAAGGCGCUGCAGCUGAAGGGGUACGCGCUGCACUGA